AUGCCUGGCCUACCAACACACCAACUGGGGAAGAAUGGCCCUGAAGUUACAGCCCUGGGCUUCGGCCUCAUGGGCUUGAGUGCCUUUUACGGCAAGCCGAAGCCCGAUGAGGAGCGCUUCGCUGUCCUCGACAAGGCAUAUGCCAUCGGCGAGCUCUUCUGGGACACCGCCGACGUGUACGCUGACAACGAAGAUUUCCUCGGCAAAUGGUUCUCCAACAACCGCGGCAAGCGCGACAACAUCUUCCUCGCGACCAAAUUCGCGUACAGAAUGACCGACGACGGGCAGUCGGUGGUCGACAGCACGCCAGAAUGGUGCAAAGAAGCCUGCGCCAAGAGCCUGAGGCGUCUCGGCGUCGACUUCGUCGACCUGUACUACUGCCAUCGACUGGACGGCAAGACACCUGUCGAGAAAACGGUGCAGGGGAUGGCCGAGCUGCAGAAGGAGGGCAAGAUCAAGUACAUCGGGCUCAGCGAAUGCAGCUCCGACUCCCUGCGCCGCGCAUGCAAGGUCGUCCAUGUCGACGCCGUGCAGAUCGAGUACAGCCCCUUCGCGCUGGACAUAGAGAGCGAUCAGAUCGGGCUGCUCAAGACGGCCCGCGAGCUCGGCGUGGCGAUAGUGGCAUAUAGCCCCAUUGGCCGCGGCAUGUUAAGCGGCACUAUCAGGUCGCCGGAUGACUUUGAGGAAGGCGACUUUAGGAAACACGCACCGCGAUUCAGCGAGGAGAAUUUCCCUAAGAACCUUAAGCUGGUGGACGAGAUCUCAGCGUUGGCGAAGGAAAAAGGCUGCACGCCUACGCAGCUCACCCUUGCUUGGUUGAUGGCUCAGGGGGACGACAUCUUCCCUAUCCCGGGGACGACAAAGGUUGAAAGGCUCGAGGAGAACGUGGGGUCACUCAAGGUCAAGUUGACGAAGGAGGAGGAGCAGAAGAUUAGAAAGGCGUGCGAGGAAGCUGAGGUGCACGGUAGCAGGUAUCCGGAGGCGUUAUCGGCUGCGUUGUUCGCUGAUACGCCGCCACUGGAGUCGUAG